UUCUUCUGCCCCUUCUUCUCGUCCAAUGCAUUUGAAUUCCUUCAAAGAAAAAAAUAUUAAUUACUAAUUAAUACAGAUUUUUCAAGGGAAUCCCACAGUGAUUCAUCUCAUACCUUCUCUCAACUAUCUGUGCAAGAAAAAAAAAGAAGUUUCUGGUUCUCAAUGGCUGCAAAAUUAGGUUCCUUUAGGCAUUCUCUUCUAGAGAGAAGGGAGAAAACAAAGGGGUAUUCAGUGUUGGGACUCACCAAUGAAGAAGAAGAGCUGCAACAACAGCGAUGCAGGUGGUAUUCUUAUAGAUUCAUAAGCGAAAAAGUAACUGGGUUCUUAAAGGAAGUCCAAUAUGUUGCAGGCCAGGCAUGGCAGAUGGGCAUAUCGGAUCCCAGAAAGAUUGUUUUCUCUGCCAAGAUGGGUCUUGCCUUAGCACUUAUUUCUUUACUUAUUUUCUUGAAAGAAGAACCCAUCAAGGAACUAAGUCAAUACUCGGUUUGGGCUAUUCUUACAGUUGUCGUAGUCUUUGAAUUCAGUAUAGGAGCAACUCUUAGCAAAGGAUUUAACCGUGGGCUGGGGACAUUAUCGGCUGGAGGGCUUGCUCUUGCUGUGGCAGAAUUGUCGGAGUUGGCUGGACAAUGGGAAGAAAUUGUUGUUGUUAUAAGCAUCUUUAUCACAGGAUUUCUUUCAACUUAUGCAAAACUAUACCCAACAAUGAAGCCUUACGAGUAUGGAUUCCGAGUGUUUGUUUUGACGUAUUGUUUCGUAAUAGUAUCUGGGUAUAGGACAGGGGACUUCAUUCAUACAGCUGUGACACGAUUUUUUCUGAUUGCACUUGGUGCUGGUGUUUCUUUAGCUGUUAAUGUAUGCAUUUACCCAAUCUGGGCUGGUGAGGAUCUACACAAUUUGGUGGCCAAGAAUUUUAUGAGUGUGGCAAAUUCCUUAGAAGGAUGUGUUAAAGGGUACCUUAAUUGUGUUGAAUAUGAAAGGGUCCCUUCCAGAAUCCUAACUUAUCAAGCUUCUGAUGAUCCAGUUUACAAUGGCUAUAGAUCAGCUGUAGAAUCUACAAGUCAAGAGGAAGCUCUGUUGGGUUUUGCCAUAUGGGAGCCUCCCCAUGGCCCUUACAAGUCACUUGGUUAUCCUUGGAAGAAUUAUGCCAGACUAAGUGGAGCAUUGAGGCAUUGUGCAUUCAUGGUCAUGGCAUUACAUGGUUGUAUACUUUCAGAAAUACAGGCUCCACCUGAACGGAGACGAGUCUUUUAUCAUGAACUUCAGAGGGUAGGUGCUACAGGUGCUAGACUAUUGUGUGAGCUUGGCGACAAAGUUAAAAAGAUGGAGAAAUUAGGUUCUCGUGACAUGCUAUUCGAUGUACUUGGAGCUGCUGAGGAGUUGCAAAACAAAGUUGACCGGAAAUCCUACCUUCUUGUCAAUGCCGAGAGUUGGGAAAUCGGAAAUAGACCACAUAGUCCAGUAGAGCCUCAAGAUUCACGAAACUCGGAUAACGAAGAACACAAAGUCUUGGUUUAUAAGUCCCUCAGUGAAGCAGUACUUGAUCUCAAAUCGGUUCCUAUACCAAAUAGUUGGGACGGCCAGCAGACUAAUGUAGGUGUCCGCCCUUCAGUCUCUCCCGUUGUUCCCUCUAACGACUUACUGAAGAAGCAGAUAUCGUGGCCUGCACCCCGUUCUUUUACUACUGAUACAUCACCACCCUUGGAAGAGUCUAAAACAUAUGAGAAUGCAAGCGCGUUGUCACUGGCAACAUUCACUUCACUUUUGAUAGAAUUCGUCGCCAGGCUUGAAAAUGUCGUUGACUCGUUUGAAGAGUUGAGUGAGAAAGCAAACUUUAAGGAACCUGAAGAGCUACCAGCAGCAGCAAGAGAGCCCAUUGGCUUUUGGUCAAGAUUGUUUAGAUGGAAAUGGUAUCGGCCUGGAGCCUAAAUCAGGUCUUACAGCUUAAGACACGGGCCUCAACAAGUUCAGGAUUUGAUUAGUCGGCAACAACAUUUCUUCUUCCGCAAACGGAAAGUGAAAAAUAACUUUUGAAGCAGAGCUUUUUGACUUAAAUGAAUCAAACAAUGUACAGAGUCUAUAUACCAGUGUUGUCAAGGGCACAAGCACACCCUAACCACUAGAACCCUUUGUACUGCCUUGGGACGCAAAGAAGGCACUAGCAUAUAUAGUAUACUCGUAAAGAAGGCAAAUUUUUUCGUUGGUCAUUAUGCAUGGUUUUAUUGUGAUUCAUUUAUGUUUAUUGAGAAGUUUCCUUCUUA